CAUUCAUUAAUUGCCAUUGGUAUUAAAUCUCCCAUGAUUUAUGUCAUUAAUGAAAAUCUCAUCAUGUAGUGAAUGGACAUUGAAUGUAUCGCAUUUACAUUAUAUUCAAGCAUAGCCAAAGUUUAUGAAGGAUAUCUUGCCCUGGUGCUUCCACUGUAUCACAGGUCAGUACUAUAGGGGAGGGAGAGGAGCUUCUUUAGAAAGUAAAGAUCAUCAGAUUUGGAUAUCAAGUUAAAUUAAAGUUUGGUGUUGUCUGUGAUGCAGAUGAUUUUAUGUUGUAGUGUACAAAGUAUCACUGUAUGAAGGGUAUUAGUUUACAAAUCGUUUCCCACUAAAAAUUGCCCAGGCUCUUUUGUUGUUUUGUGGAAGUGGUAGGUAAAUUAGUGUCUUUAAAUCCCAGCGUUAGGGCUACCCCUAAUCUUGGCAGUGCUUUGUGGAUAAAGCUGUUGGAUUCUUUCUGCUCCCCGUGCUGUAAUUUGAUCCUGGUUGUGGUCUGAUUGGAUGUUCAAGCUGAGUUAAACUUGCCCAGACCCCACUGUUUCAGUUUAGAUUCUGCAGCUCCAGGCACUGCCACUGAUCUCAUCUCUCCCAGGAUGGUUCUCAAAUGUUUCCUUCUCGUAACUAUUUUCUUUCUCCUCUUCCCUGAACUCUCCUCCUGCCCAAGCCGAUGCCUCUGCUUCAGAACCACUGUCCGCUGUAUGCAUUUGAUGUUGGAUCACAUCCCCAAAGUAGCACCGCAGACUGUUAUCCUGGACCUGAGAUUUAACAGGAUCAGAGAGAUUCCACCAGGAGCCUUUAAGAAGCAGAAGAACCUGAACACAAUAUUAUUGAACAACAACCAAAUCAAGAGAAUACCAAGGAAAGCAUUUGAAGACCUGGACAACUUGAAAUACCUCUACCUAUACAAGAAUAACAUUCGUGCAAUCGACAGACAGGCAUUUAAAGGACUUGUGUCUCUGGAGCAGCUAUACAUUCACUUCAACCACAUAGAGAUACUAGAGCGAGAAACAUUUAGCGAUCUUCCCAAACUAGAGAGAUUAUUUUUACAUAAUAAUAAAGUGUCAAGAAUUCCUGCUGGAACUUUCUCUCAUCUGACUUCACUGAAAAGACUCCGUUUGGACUCCAAUGGACUGGUUUGUGAUUGUCAGCUAAUGUGGUUGGGAGAAUUGCUGAAGAGCUAUGCCAAAAGCAGCCACACCCAGGCCGCUGCAAGCUGCGAACAUCCUCGGGCCUUGCAAGGCAGAUCAGUUGCCUCAGUGACUGCAGAGGAGUUUAACUGUGAAAGGCCCCGUAUUAUUUCAGAACCUCAAAAUGUGCAUGUUGCGCUAGGAAAUACUGCAUAUUUCACCUGCAGAGCGGAGGGGAAUCCGAAGCCAAAAAUUGUCUGGCUGCAUAAUAACAAUGAAUUACACAUGAAGAAUGACAUUCGCCUGAAUUUACUAGAUGAUGGUACCUUAAUGAUCCAUAACACACAGGAAUCUGACCAAGGAACAUACCAAUGCAUGGCCAAAAAUGUGGUGGGAGAAGCAACAACUCAAGGUGUUCUACUCCGAUACUUUGGUACUCCAACCAAGCCCAGUUUCGUGAUUCAGCCACGAAACACUGAAGUUCUGGUCGGAUCAAGUAUCACAUUGGAGUGCAGCGCCACUGGGCAUCCCCAGCCUCGAGUUACAUGGACUAAAGGAAAUGGAGAGCUGCUGCCCACACACUCCAGGUACCAUACCACUUCCUCAGGUGGCCUCUUUAUUCGGAAUGUCACUCUGCAGGACCACGGCCAGUUCAUCUGCCACGCCAGCAAUAACCAAGAUUCCAUCCAGUCCUCGGCAUCCAUCAUUGUUCAGGCUCCCCCAAAAUUCACAGUCGUUCCCAAGGAUCAAGUAAUAAUUGAAGGACACACUGUUGACUUUGAAUGUGUGGCUGAGGGCAAUCCAACUCCAGUCAUCGCCUGGACCAAAGCAGGAGGCCAGCUCCCCAAUGACAGAAGACACGCAGUGCUACCAACGGGAACACUGAGGAUUGUUGAAGUAGCCGCCCAUCAUCAGGGUCAAUAUGAAUGCCAGGCUAUCAAUGUUGUUCAAGUUAAACGAGUUCGAGUGCAGCUAAAGGUACAACCCAAAGUGAUACCAGUGUUUACUGACGUGCCAAAGGAUGUCACUGCAGAGGUUGGUCAGGAUGUAAAGAUAACUUGCAGUGCUCAAGGUGAACCACAUCCCACAAUCACCUGGACCAAGGAUGGAGUUCAAAUUACAGACAGCGGGAAAUUCCAUGUUAAUACAGAGGGAACACUUGCUAUCAGGGACGUUGGGCUGGCAGAUGAAGGAAGGUACGAAUGUGCUGCACGAAACACAAUUGGCCAAGCAGCUACUAAUAUGCUGCUCAAGGUGACUGUUCCACAUAGAGUUCGUACUGGAGACAACUUUGUUGAAUCUUCCAUUCGUGAGGCUAUUAACAGUGUUGACAGUGCAAUUAACUCAACACGCAGGAAAUUGUUUACCAAGCGUCCUCUCAGUCCGAAUGACUUGCUGGCUUUGUUCCGUUACCCACGAGAUCCCUUCACUGUGGAGACAGCAAGAGCAGGAGAGAUCUUCGAGAGGACCUUGCAGCUGAUUCAGAACCACGUCAAGCAAGGCUUAGCUGUGGACUUCAAAGGCAUAGAUUUCCGCUACAACAAUCUGGUUUCGCCACGUUACUUGGACCUCAUAGCCAACCUCUCUGGAUGCACAGCUCACAGGCGGUUCCCGAACUGCUCGGAUAUAUGUUAUCACCAAAAGUAUCGAACCCACGAUGGCACGUGCAACAACCUGCAGCAUCCCAUGUGGGGAGCGUCCCUCACAGCCUUUCAGAGAAUUCUUAAACCGGUUUACGAAAAUGGUUUCAGCCUCCCGAGAGGUACUGAUUCCAUCCGUUUGUACAACGGCUACCCCUUACCUCUCCCUCGCCUUGUUUCCACAACACUAAUUGGGACAGAGACAAUAACUCCAGAUGACAGAUAUACACAUAUGCUCAUGCAGUGGGGACAGUUCUUGGACCAUGAUAUGGAUCUGACCGUGCCCGCUCUCAGUAUGUCACGGUUCUCUGAUGGACAGCCUUGCAGUUCUGUAUGCAAUAAUGACCCCCCGUGCUUUCCAAUUAUGAUUCCAAGCAACGAUCCUCGAGUAAGGAGAGCUCCGUGCAUGUUUUUUGUUCGCUCCAGCCCGGUUUGCGGCAGCGGUAUGACUUCCUUGCUGAUGAAGUCCGUGUAUGCCAGAGAGCAGAUCAAUCACCUCACGUCCUACAUCGAUGCAUCGAACAUCUAUGGCACCAGGGACCGUGAAUCCGCGGAAAUUAGAGACCUGACGAACCAACGUGGUCUGUUGAAAGAAGGCGAUACUGUGCGAGGGUCUAGCAAACGCAUGUUGCCUUUUACCACAGACCAGACCAUAGAAUGCUUGAGGGAUGAGAAUGAGAGCCCAAUCCCCUGCUUCCUCGCAGGGGAUCAUCGGGCCAACGAGCAUGUUGCCCUGACGGCCAUGCAUACCCUGUGGUACCGGGAACAUAACCGCAUCGCGGCCGAACUACUGCGACUGAAUCCUCACUGGGAUGGCGACACCAUCUACCACGAGGCACGGAAAAUAGUCGGUGGGCAGAUGCAGCACCUCACGUACAAACACUGGCUCCCCAAGAUCCUGGGAGACGUGGGGAUGAAAAGGAUGGGGCGGUAUACAAACUAUAAUCCCAAUGUAAAUGGCGGGAUCUUGAACGCUUUUGCCACAGCGGCCUUUCGGUUUGGUCACACGUUGAUCAACCCCAUUCUCCAUCGCCUCAACACUUCCUUUCAGCCAAUUCCUGAGGGUCACCUUCCUCUUCAUAAGGCUUUCUUCUCUCCCUUCAGACUUAUCCAAGAAGGGGGCAUUGAUCCCCUUCUCCGGGGCCUUUUUGCUUUUGCAGGGAAAAUGCGAGUCCCCACGGAGGUCCUCAAUUCGGAACUGACGGAGAGGCUCUUCUCAAUGGCUCAUGCCGUAGCCUUGGACCUGGCAGCAAUGAAUAUCCAGAGAGGCCGUGAUCAUGGCAUCCCCUCGUACACUGACUACAGAGUCUUUUGCAACAUGAGCACUGUAGGCAACUUUGAGGACUUACAGAAUGAGAUCAAGAACCCAAGAGUGAGAGACAAACUUAAAAGGUUGUACCGUACUCCACUGAAUAUUGAUCUUUGGCCUGCACUGAUGGUUGAAGAUAUAAUUCCUGGUACAAGAGUUGGACCCGCACUCAUGUGCUUGUUAGUAACUCAGUUCAAAAGACUGAGGAAUGGUGACAGGUUCUGGUAUGAAAAUCCAGGGGUGUUUACUCCAUCUCAACUAACGCAGUUGAAGCAAAGUUCCCUGGCGCGAGUCCUAUGUGACAAUGGUGAUGAUAUUCAGCAGGUCCAGACGGAUGUUUUUUUGAAAGCUGUGUAUCCGCAAGGAUAUGUGAACUGUGACGAAAUCCCGAAAAUUGAUUUACGGGUGUGGCAAGACUGUUGUGAAGAUUGUAGAACGAGAGGACAAUUUAAUGCACUUUCACAACAGUUCCGCAGCAAACGGGCAAUAGAAUUCAGCUAUCCAGGAGAUAAGGACACCUCAGCUGGAUCAAGGAACCAACAAGGGAGAUAUACUCGAGACUUCGGUGAAUUUGUAAACUCGACAGUUUUUCCCAGUGAUCACGAGACCGCUCAGGAUUUCAACAGUUUUAUGUCUGAUGUGCAAAAGACGAUCAUCUCCCUUCGUAACCAGAUUGACCAUUUGGAGUCACGCCUGAAACAACAUGGCUGCACAGAUGAACUGGGAAAUCAUAUGAAUGAAAAUGAUAAUUGGAAAAAGGAAGAUUGUACAUCCUGCUGGUGUAAGAAUGGCCAAAUUACCUGCUAUGUGGAGAAAUGUCCCCUUCUGAAGUGUUCCAAAGCAAUCAAAAAGAAAGGGAGAUGUUGUCCUGUCUGUGCAAAGUCAAAAAGCAGAAAAUGAUUGUUCGGCUGUGCAGUCGAGAGAAGCUACCUUCUUGGGGAAAAAAAAGAACAAAAGCAAUUCUCAGCCUUUUGCAUCACCUACUGACGUCUGAUUAUAAACAAAACCAUUGGGAAAAAUUAAAGAACUUUCUAUUCACAUUCUGGCUACUGCUGCCUUACUGCACUCAUUCAUUUUCCAUUUUAAGCAAUGUCUCACAUGUUAGUUUGAUCUAAGAACAAAGGUGGACCUCAGUAAUGAAUUAUGAACUAACCUACUUACAGUUCGAAUGUUAAACUGCUCACAGGAAAAGAUCGUUGUGAUAUAUUUAAAAACCAUUAUGAUUUAUCACUGUGUCAAGAUGUCAAAACAUAUUACAUAGAUAACGCAGUUAAGAUUGCAUUUUUUAUUAAUUUAUUAUUUGAAACAGUGAUAAAUAUUAUGGUAAAGUUCACUGAGAGGUGACUAUAUGUUGGGUUCACAUACACUGUCCAGAGACUAACCAUUUGGUAUUUUCCAUCUGUGUGGUCAGAAUAUUGUUGAUGAGGAAGCUUCCAAAGCCAUGAUGGGGAUGGUGUAAAGAUCCAUCGCCUUCAUUCUACCAAAUGUACCUCAUACCUGCAGAAAGUCAGGAA